AUGACAAUUGCAUCUGCUGUUCUGAAACUGGUGGCUUCCUUAUCCACGAACAUUUUGGUUGUUGGUGGCUCCUACGGAGGCAUGGCCUUCAUCAACCAAUUGAAGAACUUCUUGAAGGAGAAGAAGGUGGAGAAGAAGCUUACUGUGACGCUUGUGGAGCCCAAGGCAGGCUUUCUUAACGUCCUUGGUGUACCUCGGUCGAUUGUGGACCCGGAGUUUUCCAAAACUCAGUAUGUGUCAAUGGAGAAGUACAAGACUUGUCGUUUCGAUAGGAUGCUUUCUGACGACGAGUUUGUCGUGAACAAGGUCGGCCCUGCCAUUGAGCCAGGCGUGAACGAGGACAUUGAACUUACCUAUAUUCAAGGUAAGGUGACAGAAUUGAAGGAGAAGGAAGCAAAGUACAAGCUCAACAACUCCGACAAUGAAGAGAACAUUUCCUUCGACUACUGUGUUUUCGCAGCCGGCAGAAACAGAACGUGGCCCUCCUCUCCAGAUGCCCUUAACUGGGAGAGCUAUCUUGAAGAGAUGGUCAACUUCAAUGCGACCGUGAAGAAGCACAACAAAAUCGCUGUAGUGGGUGCUGGUGCGGUGGGUAUUGAGAUCGCUGGUGAUAUCAAGACAAAACAUCCAGAUAAAGAAGUUAUUUUGAUUCAUCCUCAUGCCACUUUCCCUCCAGAGCCACUUACCGAUGAGUUCAAGCAAGCUGUUAGGGAAUCGCUUGAGCGUGCAAAGGUUAAGAUCAUGACUGGUGUGCGUGUGAAGCAAGAACUAGAGAAUCACAACUUGGAGCUCACCAAUGGCGACAUUGUCGAGACUGACUUCACGUACUGGUGCACCGCUUUCCACAACAACACAUCCAUUCUUGCCGGUGGUCUUGAAAAAUACGUUUCUCCCAAGAACAAUGUCUUCGUCAACAAGUACCUCCAGCUUGAGAUUCCCGACAGCAACGAGCCAAUCAAGCACUUCUUCUGUGUGGGUGAUUUGGUGGAAAUUCCCAUCAUGAAAUCGGCAGGCUGGGCUAUGGCCAUGUCGAGGGUUGUUGCCAACGCUUUGGUGAAUUCGCUUCACAAUCUCGAUCCAGUUGAGGAGAUGCCUGCAAAUGCAAACGGUAUUCUUCUUGUUUGUGGAAAUGAGGACAUUGUGUCGGAAGUUGGUGGUAAGGUGGAGCUCAAUAACCAGAUCUACGUCGACCAGUACAAGACGUAUCGGUUCGAUGUGGGCAAGCCCUACCUUGGAAUCUAG